AUGUCAUCAAACAACCAUCAUCCAACACCCGCCAAUCUCAUUCGACCCCAUAAACAAUCCAUGGCAGAACUCAAACUCCGUCGACUGACUGAACAUAACGCGAGGCUGAGGGAGGAUCUGGCCAGACCCAGAGUGAGAGUCAGCGAGGCCAGCCUGGGUUUGAUCAAGUAUUGUACAGGGACGAGGGACCCUAUGCUCCCAUCCAUAUGGGGUUCAUCAGGCAAAAACGGCGAUCCCUUCUCUCCUCCUGAAAAGGGAUGUUGUACGCUCAUGUAA